AUGAUUCAAGGGAAUGAUUCCAUGGUGAAAGAAUUCAUACUUCUCGGUCUCUCACAAGCACAAGAGACCCAACACUUCCUAUUCUUUGUUUUCCUUCUUGUCUAUUCUCUGAUCCUGCCUGCCAACAUCCUCAUCAUUGUGACCAUACAGAAUGACCCCCGAUUGGGUUCCCCCAUGUAUUUCUUCUUAGCUAACCUUGCUUUCCUAGACAUCUGCUACUGUUCUGUCACCCCACCCAAGAUGCUGGCCAAUAUCUUCUCCAGCCACAACACCAUCUCCUACAAGGGUUGCAUGUCCCAGAUCUUCUUCCUCCAUUUGCUGGGAGGAUCGGAAGUUUUCCUCCUCAUUAAUAUGGCAAUUGAUCGCUAUGUGGUCAUUUGCCAUCCUUUACGCUAUGCCAGUGUGGUGAGCCGGCCAGUCUGUGGUGCCAUGGUGGUGGGAUCAUGGUGCGCAGGGUUUGUCCACUCCAUCGUCCAAGUUGCCCUCAUUGUUCCACUCCCUUUCUGUGGCCCCAAUAAGCUGGACAAUUUCUUCUGUGACAUCACACAAAUCAUCAAAUUGGCCUGCAUUAAUACCCAUGCUCUAGAACUCUUCAUGUUUGUCAACAGUGGCAUUUCCACAAUCAUCAUAUUUCUCCUCCUCCUCAUCUCCUACAUGAUCCUUCUGGCCAAGGUAAGGACAGGAUCUGCUGAAGAUAAAAGCAAAGCUACAUCCACGUGCAUAACCCACAUCAUUAUUGUCAUCAUCAUGUUUGGUCCUGCCAUCUACAUCUACUGUCAUCCUUUCCGGGAAUUGCCUUUCAACAAGGUGAUGGCUGUUUUCCAUACCAUAGUAUUCCCCUUGAUGAAUCCCAUGAUCUACACACUGAGGAACAAGGAGAUUAAACAUGCCAUGAAGAGGUUGUUGGGUAAACAUAGACCUCUGGCUUGGUAUGAUUCUUCCAAACAAGCACCUUCUAGAGUCUAA